GGGGAGGGAGACGAACCCCUUCCUCAGACCCACCUCUCCUCCCCAGCAUCCUCACCUCGACCGCGCAUCUCCUCCGGUGGGGUUUGAUGAAUUCCCAAGAUGGGGAGCCUUUUUCUGCCACAACAAAAUAAUCACGGUGAUAAAAUCAUCCCCCGUGGAAGCGCCUCCUUUUGGCAAGGACCCUUUUCCCAGUUAUAAUAAUCAUAAUCAUCGUCUCAUCCCCUAUGGAAGCAUCCUCUGCUCUGUCCCUCACUCUGACCCACCCAGAGAGGUGACAGGCCCUGGCCCUCCUCCCUGUAGAUCCAAAAGGGAAAAUAAGAUGGAUUGAUCCCGGUGUGUGGAUGCAGGGGGUGGCUGUGCAGCUCAUCCCGUACCAUGGAGAAGUUCGGGGCAGCACUGUUAUCUAUGGGGUGCUCCCAACCAGCGUGAUCUUCAGAUGGGGGUUAUUUGAUGGUAAAAGCCCCACGCUGGGCUCUGCCAGCCCCCUGGGAGAUGCUUCCUGUUGGGUUUUAUCUCCUGGGGUAACACCAGUGCAUGGGGUCAUCCAGAUCCCCCGUGAGCCAUGAGAUGGAGCGAUGCUCCCACUUGAAAUGUGCCCUGAUGGGGCUCCAGGAUGAAUGCUGCCUUCAGCCCGGCUAUGCUGGGGAUCCUGACCUGCCCCCCCAGCGCUAAGACUUCUGCAUGGCCUCAGGGCCACAGGCAGCAUCACCGCCCUGCCUGAUGCAUUUUAGCGUUUAGGCUUCCACUUGCAGGCUCUGUGUUUGCAGCCCGCCCCAUCCUGGCAGCAGGGAAAGGCUGCAAAACCUCCGUGUCCCUGCAAACACCGCGUCUCGCGGCGAGAUCAGACAAAUCACUUAAUUGAUUUUUUUAUUAUUUUUUUUUCCCUCCCUUGCCUGCCUCGUCCUGCCGCCUCCUCGGAGGUUCGUCUCUGCAGGGCGGUCGGCGGGCAGCGGGCACGGGGCAGGCUGGCAUCUAGCGACUGGCACCGGUAAUGCAGAGCGGGGCCCGGGGGAUGGAGGGCAUUUCGGGCGGUGCUGCAGGAUGCCCGGUGGCGAAGCUCGGUUUGGGACGCGUUUGGUGUGGUCUCCACCCCUGGGGUCUGAACCAAAACCCACCAGGACCUGUGACCCCACAGCCUGCGGUUUCCCCUAUCCCUCCCCAGACCGUCCACGAUGGGAUCGGUGGGAACGGAGCACCUGAAGGAGCUGAGCCCGAUGGCGACACCCGAAGGCAACGUGGUGAUGAGCUUCAGCUUCGACAGCUACCAGCUGGAGGAGGAUGAGCUGCAGCGGGGCAGCCAGGCCAAGGGCGUGCUCACCUUCAUGGAGCCGGUUUCUGAAGACCCCGAGCCACAGGACCGAUACCACGGGAUCUACUUUGCCAUGCUGCUGGCUGGCGUUGGAUUUCUCCUUCCAUACAACAGCUUCAUCACCGACGUGGACUACCUGCACCACAAAUACCCAGGGACCUCCAUAGUCUUUGACAUGAGCCUCACCUACAUCCUGGUGGCCUUGGUGGCCGUCAUCCUCAACAACGCGCUGGUGGAGCUGCUGAGUCUGCACACCCGCAUCUCCGUGGGCUACCUCUUUGCCCUGGGCCCCCUGCUCUUUGUCAGUAUCUGUGAUGUCUGGCUGGAGCUCUUCACCCGACGGCAAGCCUACGCCAUCAACCUGGUGGCUGUUGGGGUGGUGGCCUUUGGCUGCACAGUGCAGCAAUCCAGCUUCUAUGGCUACACGGGGCUGCUGCCCAAGCGCUACACGCAGGGGGUGAUGACAGGAGAGAGCACCGCCGGGGUCAUCAUCUCACUCAGCCGCAUCUUCACCAAGCUGCUGCUGUCAGAUGAGAAGGAGAACACUGUCAUCUUCUUCUUCAUCUCCAUCGGCAUGGAGCUGACGUGCUUCAUCCUUCACCUCCUGGUGAAGCGCACUCGCUUUGUCCGUUAUUACACCUCCUGCCCCCGCAAGGGCCACCCCGAGCCCUGCAGGGCCAGCGACCACGGGACGGGCUACCGCGUCCACCACGACGUCACUGCCGAGGACAUCAGAUUUGAGGACCGGCCGCAGGGACAGCUGGCAUCUCCCCAUGGCAGCCCGGGCCCUGAAGCUGAGCUGGCCGGCAGUGGUACCUACAUGCGCUUCGAUGUGCCCACACCCAAAAUCAAGAGGAGCUGGCCCAGCUUCAGAGCCAUGCUGCUCCACCGCUACAUCGUGUCACGGCUCAUCUGGGCCUACAUGCUGUCCAUCGCCAUGACCUACUUCAUCACUCUGUGCCUCUUCCCCGGGCUGGAGUCGGAGAUCCACAACUGCACGCUGGGGGAAUGGCUGCCCAUCCUCAUCAUGGCCAUCUUCAACCUCUCUGACUUCGUUGGAAAGAUCCUGGCUGCCCUGCCUUAUGACUGGAGAGGAACACACCUCCUUGUCUACUCCUGCCUCCGCGUCGUCUUCAUCCCUCUCUUCAUCAUGUGCGUCUACCCCAAUGGUCAGCCCACCUUCGGCCAUCCCGCCUGGCCCUGCGUCUUCUCCCUCCUCAUGGGCAUCACCAACGGCUACUUUGGCAGCGUUCCCAUGAUCCUGGCUGCUGGCAAAGUGAGCCCCGAGCAACGGGAGCUGGCAGGGAACACCAUGACCGUGUCCUACAUGACGGGAUUGACGCUGGGCUCAGCCGUGGCUUACUUUGCCUACAGCCUCACCAAUUUGUGAGGUGCUGGGGGUCUGCCUGCAGGCUGCAGUGGGCUGGGGGGAAUGCAAUGCCCUGGGUGCUGCCCACAGCCACUGCUAAGCAUCAAACUGAAAACAGAUGGUGUGUCUUACUUGGCAAAGAUCCCUUCUGUAAACCGCACUGCUGGACCAGGAACCCCAGCAGAUCCUUGGGAGAAAGGCUUUGGGUGACAGAAACACCACUCUCCCCCCACCAAAAAUGAGAGCCAUGCCUGCAGGGCACCUACAGCCCCACUGCCAGCCAGGCACUGCUGCAGGGUUCCCCCUCUGUUCCUUGCCACCACACCAGGUUUAGCAUUUCCUAACCAAUAAAAGCUUUUUGGUUUUGCCUUUAUA